CUGGGAACCCUCGCAUGCAGAUGAUCUUCAUUCGUCAGCACCACAGCGGCCAGAGGUAACACACAUCGGAUCAGCAAUGGCACCAAUUAGCACAUGCCGUACCAUGAGCAGCUCUAUCUUUUGUUAGACCUGAGGCAGAGGGAGGGUGCCUGGGCCAAGUCGUGGGCGGUCGAGGACUCGAGGUGGCCGGAGCGCGCGGGCGGACGGCUCCGGUUCACAGAGCAGGUGCUCAGGCCUCAGGGCGGCGCUGUCUUGCCGUCGCAAAGCGAGCAGAUGAACUCAGCCGCGAUGCGAUUUUUGUUCGAGGACUCAACAUUGUCGGACGAUUCCGACAUCAAAGUUUUCAGUAAGCAUGACGACAACAAGAAGCGAAAGCGCCGAGGCUCGACGGUUAGCCGCCUUUGCUUUACUUCGUGGAGGUUUGCGCGUAAGUAACUUAGGUGUAGGGCACUUGGGCUUGGCGACCAGAUCCAAAAGGAAAGUUCUCGGUGAAAUCGGCGUAUAAACUACAUCGGCUGUUAAUUGAUCAAGGUGGCAGUGCCUCAGGUGUAAAUGUUGGGGCAGAUAUAGAGCAGUUUGAAUGGAAGGAUAUUUGGGUAUGACCAUGCCCGCCAAAAGUAAGGCAAUUUCUAUGGAGACUUGCGCGUACGUAACUCAUCUCUUUCAUAGGCAUUAUCAAAUGUGUAGAGAGCUAUUUAUCAAAAUAGUGAAAGCUUGCAAGGCAAAUUCCCAGAAAUUCCCAGUAUUUCACUCACCCGUAAACAUUGACGGUCUUAUAGGAUUUAAUCUGUAUCAAAAAGAUAUCGACCACAAUGAGGAUGAUUGCAUACGGCAUUCCAGCUGAUUGCCCCGAUGGGUAUCUUCUCUCCCGUGUGUGCAGUUAUUUGCUAAAGUUUUGAUCUGGGUUUUUGGUGUCGAAUACAUCCAAACUCCCAUCGAGCAGGACACAAAAAGAUUGAUGGCGUGCAAUGAAAGAAGAGGAUGUCUAAGUAUGCUUGAAAGCGUUGAUUGCAUGCAUUGGAGGUGGAAGAACUGUCUUGCUUCUUGGCAUACGAAGUACACCGAUCAUCAUCGUGAUCUAACUAUUGUGGUUGAAGCUGUGGCCUCAAAGGAUUUCUGGGUUUGGCAUUGUUUCUUUGGGCUGUCUGAAUCUCUCAAUGAGACCAACGUUUUAAAGAGAUCUCAUCUAUUUUGUAGGCUUACUAGUGGUGAUGAUCCGGCUUGAACUACACUGUUAAUGGCCAUGAAUAUAUAUAUGGGGUAUUAUCUUGCCGAAGGCAUAUAUCCUUCAUGUUCAACAUGACCAUCCAAUAGUAAAAAAAAUAUGUUUUUUCCAAGCCUCAAGAAGCAUGCUACAAGGACACUAAGAGAGUUUUCGGUGUGUUACAAGUUCGGUUUCCCAUUGUUCGAGGUCCUGGUUGUUUCUCGGACAAGAAGUCCCUCACAAGAAUCAUGGUCGUCGAGGGUGAGAGGAACACGGACUUGGAAUUCUUCUUCAACAAUAUUGGCAGCCGUGUCAAAUCUAAGAGGAACCUGACCGGAUCCGAGCUUUCCUUGAGACUUGCUACAGAUUGAAAACGGUGGUGCUCAUACCCAACUCCGUAACGAUCUCGUUGAGCACCGGUGCUAUUUCGAGUAAGAUAGUCUCCCUUCUUUUCCCAUAUUUGUUCAUAUGUGAUUUGAACCAUUCAUUCGAUGU